AUGGCUAGUCCGCAUGCCCCAACUACCUAUGCUCCUACAAGCCACCGUUGCCGCCCAGCAACACGAGCCGGGUUCGAAAUCGCCAUCAUCUGCGCCUUGACCGUUGAGCGAAACGCAAUCGAGGCUCUAUUGGACGAGGUGUACGAAGCGGACGACUUCUCCUACGGAAAGGCCGAUGGGGACACAAACAGCUACACGACGGGGAGAUUGGCCAACCAACAUGUGGUCCUUGUGUACAUGCGUGACACCGGCAUAGGGGACGCAGCUGGGGCUGCGGCCAGCCUCAAAUCGAGCUUUAGAGGGAUUAAAAUGGCCUUGGUUGUCGGCGUCUGUGGUGGUGUGCCAACAACCUCUAGUGGCGAGGAAAUUGUCCUCGGCGAUGUGAUUAUCAGCACUGAGGUGGUUCAGUUCGACCGUGGGAAGCGGUAUCCCAAUCGGUAUGUACGAACAAACGGUACCCCCAAGGGAUCGAAUCGCGAGAUUGGUUCGUUUGCGAACAAGCUGUCCGGUGCUACAUCCCACGACGGAAUCAGAGAUAAAACGGCUAAAUACACUGCUGAGAUCUGUGGCCGAGCAAAGUUUCGGGGCUCAGUCUACCCAGGGUCCGACAGAGAUAUUCUGUAUCCAGCUGAUUAUCGUCAUAAGCAUCGACGGCAUCCCUGUGCUGUUUGUGAUAGCUGUCUGGGGGCAACGGAUGAUGUUUGCGACGCCGCGCUGCAGGCCUCCUGCGAAGUUUUAGGUUGCGACGCGGAGGAGCAGAUAAAACGCAGUCGCAUACAAUCAGCGCACAGCCCUUCUGGCAAUGGAGACGAUAUGGCCGUGGCAGAUAGCGAACAUACCCCAAAGCCCCGUAUUCACUUUGGUCGAAUAGCUUGCAGCAACCAGGUGAUGAAAAGUGCGCAGCACCGGGAAGACAUAGUCAAAGAGGAGCAAGUGAUCGCAUUCGAGAUGGAAAGUGCUGGUACAUGGGAUUAUGUGCCCACCGUUGUGAUCAAAAGCGUGGCAGACUACGCGGACUGCCACAAAUCCAAAGAGUGGCAAGGCUAUGCAGCUGUGGUCGCCGCGGCGUGUACCAAGGCUGUCCUGGAGGAAUGGAGACCUGCAGAUGGAACACUUCCUUUGCCUGAGCGUGCGUCCCAGGGGCCCGUAUUCCAGUAA